CGGUAGACAUUCGCACACAAGGUAUACAAUUGCGGUCCAGCGUAACCAUGGACUAGCAAAAGAUUCCACCAGAAUGAGGAAUUGGUACAUCAGAAGACCACAUCAUACACCAGUCAGCGCAUAGAUUCGCGACCAACGGGAGAGCACUCCAAUACACAACUUUUCACGGCGUUAAAUAAUAAGGUUAAUUUGCAUCUGCAGAUAGCGUACGAAUAUGUCACCUGAUACCGCGACCAGGUCGCGUCGUCGUGGCUUCCCUGAGACGCGCCGACUCUCAACGAAGUAGGUGCGCACGAGGCAGGCGGGACUAAGCUGCUAAGAUGGCUCGUCUAACGCCUCUCAUUAUUAUGGGAUACCAUGUUCUCUCAGCCUCUCUUCAUUCCGGGCAGAAUGGCUGAUCCCGCGCCUCCACCGAGUAUUGCCGCGCUACCUCCCACGACAGUGAGACAGCUUGGCUCAUCGAACGUUCUCUGCAAUCCCAGCUCGGUAGUGAAAGAACUGAUCGACAAUGCUCUCGAUGCCCGUGCAAAUGCCAUCUUCGUGGACAUCUCCGCGAAUACUCUCGACUCCAUCCAGGUGAAGGACACCGGGCAUGGCAUCUCAGCGGAAGAUCGACCGCUGUUGUGUCGCAGAUUUUGCACUAGCAAGAUCCGCGACUUUCGUGACCUCGAUGAGAUUGGUGGAAAGUGGCUCGGCUUUCGAGGCGAGGCGCUCGCGAGCAUGGCUGAGUUGAGUGGUUCACUGGAGGUCACUGCUCGGAUUGAGGGCGAGUCGGCGGCCGCGAGAUUGAAGUAUGGAAGGGAUGGAGAGCUGAAGUCUACCGAGCCUGCAUCUGCACCAGUCGGGACGACAGUGAAGGUUUCCGACUUUUUACGGACUCUGCCUGUGCGGAGAGAAACGGCGCUUAAGGAAUCUGCAAAGAUACUUGCGAGGAUCAAGCGUCUCAUGCAGUCCUACGCUAUCGCACGACCAUCCGUUCGCUUCAGUCUACGCAUACUAAAGGCGAAGUCGGGCAAAGGCAACUUCAUGUACGCUCCGAAAAAUGAUGGAAACAUUGAGGACGCCGUGCUGAAAGUCAUCGACAAGGAGUGUGCCCUGCAAUGCGACUGGACCGCCAUGGAAUCCGAUGGCUACGAGAUUCACGCCUUCUUGCCCAAGCCCGACGCCCUUGGGUCAAAGGUUGCCAAUGUAGGUGUCUUCCUGUCUGUGGAUAGCAGACCUGUUUCGACCAACCGAGGCACUCCGAAGAAGAUCGCUUCUGUUUUCAGAGAGAGACUGCGCAAGGGCAACUCCAGUUGCCAUUCUGUCAAGGACCCUUUCCUCUGUAUCAACAUCAUUUGUCCGCCCGGAAGCUAUGAUGCGAACAUCGAGCCUGCCAAGGAUGAUGUUCUCUUCGAGAGAGAGGACGUCGUUGUCAGUGCUGUGACCAAACUUUUCACAGCAUUCUACCCUGAAGCUGUCAUUGCCAGCAAUGUGAGUGAUGAGCUUGGACCGUCGGUUUCCGAGCCUCCAACGUCCUAUGGCAAUAUCGGGGGACCAGUGAAUCGUCCCAAUACUGCCUUCUCGCUUCUCGAAGAAGCUAUGAUGGUUCAACCGAAGCGUCCAGAGACUGCAUUUUCUAUACUGGAAGAAGCGGUCCGAAUCGAGCAUGACGACCAUUCUGCCAACCGCAAUUCCCCAUCGCGUUGGCGAUCAAACAUGUAUGAUAUCGAUGAAGAUGAUCUAGAGCUUCCAGACUUUGAGAACCAGCCUCGUAUGUUUGAUGAGGAGGAAGAGGGACGUGGAGCGACGAGCUUCUCCAAUCCCUGGACUAUCGCUCGGAUGAAUGCAUCUCCCAAACAGAAGCAGCCUCCUCGCAACGCCCAGCUUAUGACACCAGCUAAGGGUCAUGGCGAUGUGGCUAUGGGUUCGACCUCCCCUUUGCCGGCACCCAACAGUCAGCGGAGACGACCACUGGAGCCCCUUACGCCUGAGACCUCGAGCGCCAAUAUUACUCGGGUUUUGCGAGACCAGGCAGUUCAGCAGAGUAUUAAGCGAAGUUCACAGAUCCAGGAACAACCAUAUCAGCAGUUGAUCGACCAGGUGAAUGUACGAAAUGGAAGUGGCUUAGCAUCCCCAGGCACUAGAUUGACUCUUCCUAUCGCGACGAAUUUCUCCUCAUCGCCCUCUCCACGUCAUAGCGGAAGGAAGCAGCAGCCUAGUGGUGACCAGCAGUCGCUACAUGCAUUCGAAGGGCGUCCCGACGGAAAUGACUGGUUUGGGAGGCCCAUGCGUGGACAAGCUCCUCUAAAGUCAUCUCGACCUCGGCGAGCAAGCUGCGCUCAAGGGUUAGGCUAUCCGAUCGCUGACGUCGUCAAUAAUACUGAUAUCCGGCAAUUUCUUGAACGAGAUAGGCCUUCCCUGGAACGAAACAGCUCCUUCGAGCCGACACCUAGUCCAUUAUCGUUCGCGCCCACCAACCAGCCCUUCAGGAAACCUAGGGUCUCGAAAGUGGAGCAGAACGUGCAGCAGAGGCGUUCGGGUGAUUAUGGAGCGUUCUCUCGAGCUUCGUCCGCCGGGCACACGCAACGUCCACAACGCGGUAGGAACCAGCUUUCACGCAACUUAGAUGGUUUGGAACCGCUUGACCUCGUGGAGCAACUCCGUGACUACGCCGAGCAUGAAACUCCCACACAGUUCCAGGAGUCGAACACUAUCCUGUCCCCAGAUCACGCGACUAUCCGCCGUGGGGAAUCAGCAAAGACCCCUCGUGCACCUACCGCUCGCCCAAAAACAACUGAUCACGAAAUGGCCGCUAUGUUCGCAGCGUACAGCGACGCCCCAGAUCAUGCUACUGGCAAUAUUCGUCCCACAGGGGUGAAGCGUCCCCAACCUGCUUCGUGUAUGACGCCAAAUCGCCACCGCACAACCGACGGCCUGCAACGCACCAAGUCCUCACGCCUCCCGCUUGAACGUGUUCCGCAUGGCUACCGGAUCCAUAACGUUGUGCUCCACUUGCCGCUGCCUGUUGCAGGCAUCAAGGUGGCUAUGCUGAAGCUCGAUAUGUGGGGCAAUAGCGUCGCAUGGGGGUAUCCUGUUGAUGCAUCUGCGUACGAUGAGAGGGGAAUGAGAUUUACGGAUGAUUUGCUGAGGGCGUGGGUGCUGCGGAUCGAUGGCAUGCUGGAAGGGUUUGAUACAGGCGUGGAUAGGGAGGGUGUGCUUGGGACGUUGGAGAUUGGUAUCAGGGCCGCGUUGAGUAAGAGGGAAGAUGGUGAUGAGGGAUGGGACUGGAUGGGAGAGGUUAAUGUGAGGAUGGAAAAGGACCUGGACUGCGCAAUUCGAGAUAUUGUCGCUGAGCCCUCACAGCUUGCUCCUGUGGCUGGAACCGAGCCGAAGAUCAACCUUCCCGUAUGUCCUACCCGCGCCACCGGUGAAGACGAGUUCGGCGAGGACCUUGGUGACGAGACAUUCAUGGACAUCUAA